GAACCGCCCUCACUUCAGCGAAGUUUGUCGGGUAGCUUAGCGAAUGGAGUCGAGAGCUAGAAGUAAACACAAGUGGCCUUAGAAUGUUUUAAAGUUUUCCCGCUGAUGAACAUAAGAUCUAUGAGAUGGAUGAUAUCAAUUUACACUACAGAUUUAUGAACUGGCGGCGCAGGAUCAGAGAAAUCAGGGAAGUCCGUGCUGUUCGUUAUCAAGAGCGAUACAAACGAAUGUUGAAGAAUGGAGACACGCUAAGUUACCAAGGGAACUCUGAUGAAGUUGGCUGCUACGUGGCUCCACGCCCCUUAUCAAAGGGAAACUGUUACUUCGAGGUGACCAUUAUGGAUACUGGAGUUCGAGGGACCAUUGCUGUUGGCCUGGUUCCCCAGUAUUACAAACUUGACCAACAGCCUGGCUGGCUUCCACAUUCAAUAGCUUACCAUGCGGAUGAUGGAAAAUUGUACAACGGCAACACUGUCGGUCAGCAGUUCGGUCCUAAAUGUAACCGCGGUGACCGAAUUGGUUGCGGUAUCUAUGCAGACACUUUCGAUGCCGGACUCGUCACUGUGUUUUUCACAAAGAAUGGAAACGAGGUGGGCUCAGUGGUGGUGCCGGUGGUUCCAGAUGGGCUUUUCCCUGCCAUUGGCAUGCACUCCCUCGGUGAAGAGGUACGGUUGGACCUGCAGGCAGAAUGGGGUUUGGAGGAGGACGACAGCGUCAUGAUGGUGGACAGCCAUGAGGAUGAAUGGGCACGCCUGUAUGAUGUCAGAGUAAGCGGCACGCUUCUGGAAUAUGUUGGGAAAGGGAAGAGCAUCAUGGACGUGGGUCUGGCUCAGGCCCGGCAGCCCCUCACGACACGAAGUCACUACUUUGAAGUGGAAAUUGUGGAUCCCGGAGAGAAGUGCUACAUCGCCCUGGGCCUGGCGAGAAGAGAUUACCCAAAGAACAGGCAUCCGGGAUGGAGUCGAGGUUCUGUUGCAUAUCACGCAGAUGAUGGGAAGAUCUUCCAUGGAAGUGGAGUAGGAGACCAGUUUGGCCCUCGCUGUUUUGAAGGGGACAUCAUGGGAUGUGGAAUUAUGUUUCCUCGGGACUAUGUGCUGGACUAUGAAGGUUUUUUAGAUGUGCACCCAGCUCAAUUGGUUUCUCUGUCAGAUGAAAUGGACGACUGGGAUGCUGCUGAUGUACGACCAAAGCAGGGGCGUGUUGAAAACAUGCUGUAUUUGAAUGAUGACGAUGAGGAAGAGGGAGAAGGAGAUGAUCCAGAACAAGAACAAGAACAAGAGGGCCUAAAGGUCAUGGUGUUCUUCACCCGGAACGGCAAGAUUAUCGGAAGGAGGGAAGUAGUUGUCCCAGCCGGAGGUUUUUACCCCACUAUCGGGAUGCUCAGCAGCGGAGAAAAGGUGAAGGUGGACCUCCAUCCUCUCAGCGGAUAAUAAACCAGGAACUGCACAUCUCCAAUCCCGCCAUUAGCCACAAACAGAUGGAAAAGACCCCAAAAAUGAUGCUGAGAUUUCUGUUCUCUUUCUUAUUAUGUUUCAAGGCACUUCAAAAUGCAAGUUUAAUACGUCUAAAACACGUUCACUCCAAUGCAUGUUUCGUCUAAAGCAUUCGCCUCUGCUUAAAACGGUUUACUGUGAAACCACAUAGAGGGCUUUGUGGCAUGAAAUGGUUAAUAUUAGGCCUCAGAGGAACCGUUUAACUGGUGACCGAAAUCAUAUUGAUACAUUUCAUUACAAAUGAGUAGAAAAUAUUAAAUUAUAUAUUUUUAAUGUACAUGUACAUAUGUAAAUUUACGUAUAGGCUGCUAUACAAACAUUUAUUUAGCUAAAUCAAUCAUGAAUAUUAAUAAACAGCUGGACAUCCUAAAGAAAGUUAAAGAUAAGGGUGUUGAUUAUUAAUACAAUUAUACAUAAAUAUGAAAGGUGUAAUAAUGUUAAAAACAACUUCACAGUUUUCCACAAGCACUCCCCAUCACGAAGGACUUGUGUAGGUGAUGAAAGCAUAUUACGGUUAUUUUUCUUAUUGUGAUUCAUUUUGAAUCAUCAUAACAGUUGUCCGAAAAUGAAUUGAGGGGAAGGUGUUUUGCCAGUAAAUAACAUGAAGUUAUUGCAAAUUGUGACAUCAGAGGAAGCGAGUUGUAUUGUCUCCUGUUGUGUAUCAUACACUCUCAUCCGUCAUCAGGAAACAUGAUUCAGGAUCUCCAGACCUGAGAGAGCAAGACCGGAAGAGAACACACUCAAUAUCGGCGACUUCAUGUUUAUUUGUCAGUGAAUGCAUAUGAAACCAAUUAUGUUAUUUAGUUCAGGCUUUUCUAUAAAUGUAGAUUUUUGUGAUUGUAGAGUGUGUGGAUGUUUUCAGGAUAUUUCAGGGCAGACGGCACAUUGGGAGUCGAGUCAGAAAACAUGGAGCUGUUUAUUCAGGUAUUGUCCACUGUAAUGUGAACUAGUCUGGUUCACAAAUGCCACAAGCACUUUAGAGACGCCUCAACUUAAGCUGAUAGUCCGAUGGGCGAGCGGCUGUGAUGCUGCGCUCUAGACUUCUCAACGGAUGCCACUUUGUACACCUCAAUGUUGCAAUAAUGCCCUUCCACUUCUGUCCUGUUGCAUAUCACAUAUGGAACAAAAUGGUUUCAUAUUACAUGCAUUGCCAAAUUUAUUGUAUGAUUGAUCCCUUUCAAUAUUGUUUCUCCUUCAUGUCUUAUGAAUAUAGUGUUUGAUAUAAAAUGUUACUCUAUAUUGCUUUCGUUCAGGUCCCUCAGUUUCUGAAGUUCCAUUCUACAGUUGAAUGUAAGGACAUUUGGUUAUGUUCGGAAUAUGAUGCUUGCAUACUGCACGGUGUAUACUGUAUGGCUACAAUUUUUUUAAAGAAAGAGAAACUGCUGAAUAAUGGAA